CCGAACAAGAGCGAAACUACAAAAAUUAAUAAACUGAGUUCAUUACUUCAUCCGGCUUUCUUGUUUUCUGAGAAACCAAUUGCUUACGCCACAACCAAAGGAAGGAGGGACCACCGAUUAAUUGUGAAGGAGGAACACAGCAAGUUAUCAAUGGCGUGAUAGAUUUGAUCGGCCCGCAGCUACAACCGCGCCGGAGAAAUCGCUGGAAGAGACUUGCGGAUCAAGCAAUAAUCCAAUGGAGAAUACCGCCUCCGACCCGCUGAAGUUGAACUUCACUGCUCCAGCCAAGUACUGGACCGACGCCAUUCCCAUCGGCAACGGCCGCCUCGGCGCCAUGAUCUGGGGAGGCGUUUCCAGAGAAACCCUCCAGCUCAACGAUGACACACUGUGGACUGGUGUUCCUGGAGACUACACCGACCCAAAUGCUCCGGCGGCUCUGUCGGCGGUCAGAAAACUUGUCGCUAAUGGUCAAUUCGCUGACGCUUCUGCUGCAGCGCUCAAAUUGUCAGGCAAAGGCUCUGAGGUCUAUCAAGCGCUUGGGGACAUAGUGCUGGAAUUUGAUGCUUCCCAUAAGAACUACGACCCUAAAACAUACCACAGGGAGCUGGAUUUGGAUACUGCUACGGCAACUGUGAAAUAUUCUGUUGGUGAUGUUGGAUACACAAGGCAGCAUUUUGCUUCCAAUCCCCACCAAGCAAUCGUCACAACGGUAUCUGGAAGCAAACCGGGGUCCCUAUCAUUCACUAUUUACCUGGACAGCAAGAUGAAUCACAGCUCAUAUGUCGAGGGUCAGAAUCGGAUUGUACUCAAAGGAAGUUGCAGGGGCAAUCCAAAGGGGAUUCAGUUCACUGCUAUGCUGGAGUUACAGAUUGGUGGGAAAGCAGUAAUAAGUGUUUUGGAUGGUGGGAAGCUGAAGGUUGAUGGAGCUGAUUCGGCACUUUUGGUUCUGGUGGCUUCAUCGUCGUUCGAUGGGCCUUUCACUAGCCCUGUUGAUUCUAACAAGGAUCCCACUUCAGAUUGCUUGAACUCAUUGACUUCACUCAAGAGUUUGGGUUAUGAUGAUCUAAGAGCACGACAUGUCGAAGAUUAUCAGAGUCUCUUUCAUCGUGUUUCGCUACAGCUUUCUAAUGGUUCCACCAGUGCUUCAGGAGUAUCGACGGCAGAUAGGGUGCAAUCCUUCCAAACUGAUGAGGAUCCAUCCCUGGUGGAGCUUUUAUUCCAGUAUGGUCGAUAUUUGCUUAUUUCUUGUUCUAGGCCUGGAACCCAGGUAGCUAAUUUGCAGGGAAUAUGGAGCAAGGAUCUGUCGCCACCAUGGGAUGGUGCUCAACAUCUCAACAUCAAUCUACAAAUGAACUACUGGCCAGCACUGUCUUGCAAUCUCAAGGAAUGUCAAGAUCCAUUGUUUGACUACCUGUCUACCAUGUCGAUCAAUGGGAGUCGAACUGCUAAAGUGAACUAUGGAGCUAAGGGGUGGGUUGCACAUCAGAUUAGUGACUUAUGGGGAAAGACAUCGCCAGACAGUGGAGACGCCGUAUGGGCUAUGUGGCCAAUGGGUGGUGCUUGGCUUUGUACACAUCUGUGGGAGCAUUAUAGUUACACAAUGGAUAAAAUUUGGAUUGUUCUUGCACCUUAGGAGUUCCUGAAAAACAAGGCAUAUCCUUUGCUGGAAGGCUGUGCAAAUUUCCUACUAGACUGGUUAAUUAAAGAGUCGGGAGGAACUCUGGGAACUAACCCAUCAACUUCUCCUGAGCAUAUGUUCAUUGCCCCAGAUGGGAGGAAGGCUAGUGUGAGCUACUCAACAACCAUGGACAUGUCAAUCAUAAGAGAGGUGUUCUCUGCAAUUGUUUCUGCUGCUGAGGUAUUGAGAAGAAAGGACGACGAACUUAUUCACAAAGUCCUUGAUGCUCUACCCCAGUUACGGCCUACGAAAAUUGCAAAGGAAGGUACCAUAAUGGAAUGGAAGAUAUCCUAUGUCCUUUUUACCCCGCAGGCCUUGGACUUCCAAGACCCAGAGCCUCAACACAGACACCUUUCUCAUCUCUUUGGACUGUUCCCUGGCCAUAGCAUUACUCUUGAGGAUGCUCCUGACCUCUGUAUAGCUGCGGAAAACACCCUGAAGAAGAGAGGUAUAGAAGGUCCAGGGUGGUCGACCGUGUGGAAAGCUGCACUGUGGGCGCAUCUUCAUAAAUACAAGGAGGCAUACCAGAUGGUAAAGCAUUUGUUUGUUCUGGUGGAUCCUGCUCACGAAAGCAACUACGAAGGAGGACUUUACAGUAACUUGUUCACUACUCACCCACCAUUCCAGAUUGAUGCCAACUUUGGUUUCUCUGCAGCAAUCGCUGAAAUGCUGGUUCAGAGCACUCCGAAGGACAUGUAUUUUCUCCCUGCCCUUCCUCGGGACAAGUGGCCUAAUGGCUGCUUCAAAGGAUUAAAAGCACGCGGAGGGGUCACAGUCAACCUGUGCUGGAAACGAGGUGAUCUUCAUGAAGUUGGUCUUUGGUCAACAGAAGGGGAUUCUGAACUGAGAUUACAUUACAGGGGAAGGACAGUGAGCACAAACUUGAUGUCUGGUCAUGUUUACACAUUCGACAAUAGCUUGACGUGCAUACAAACCAACCCCCUCCCAUGAGUAACUCCUUGCUCAGUUGUUAUAGAAUAAAUGAUUUUGGGUCCAAUUCGACCUGAUAAUGGUUAAUACUUAAUAGAGUCGAAUCGAUGGGGGAGGAUUCGAUUACUGCAGUUCACUGCGUAGUUGAGAUACAUACAAACCUACUGUCUGGUUGCUCACAAUGUCUGCAGAACCAAAAAGCAAGCUCCAUUGUUUUGAAGUUGCUUCAGUUGGGAGGCUGGACUGCAACACUGUAAGUGUAAUAUCUAUUUACAAGUUCCACUUGAAGGCAGCUGCAAAAUGAGUGAUGUCUCGGGCCUAUCCUUUUCUUUCUUCUGGGUUGGAUGAUAAGAGGGGGAGGGAUUAGAUACUCUUGGAAACUUUUCUGCCCUCUUUAUGAACUGCUGCUAUCCUGCUGGUUUGUGAUCUGAACCCAGCUUGGUUACGGUAAGUGUAAGAUCUGUCGUUCUAAGGUGCUUAUACCGCCUGUUAGUGGAAACAGUUGUGUCAUGGAAUGGAAGAAUUCGAGAUUGGUUCCGUAAUUUUGUCUAUGGUUAUUCCAUUUGUGCAUGAUCAUGGGGCUCUAGAAGUGGAACUUUGUUGGGUG